GGGUCGGGGCGACGGGUCAAAUAGGAAGAGGAACGAGGGGAAACCCUAAUUAAAUAUAAUCAUCCACUUCCAUACACUCGCAGUCGGCCGCCGUCGAAUUUCUCCCUAUUUGAAUAACAGCAGAAGAGAAACAAGUGUAAAGAUGAGCCGAGCAGCAGCAGCAGCAGCUAAGGGCGGGAAGAAGAAGGGGGCAAGCUUCGUCAUUGACUGUUCGAAGCCAGUGGAGGACAGUAUCAUGGAGAUUGCUUCUCUUGACAAGUUCCUUCAAGAGAGAAUUAAGGUUGGUGGAAAAGCUGGUGCUCUUGGAGAUUCCGUUGCUGUUACUCGUGAUAAGAACAAAAUCACCGUCACUUGCAACUCCACUUUCUCCAAGAGGUACCUCAAAUACCUUGUCAAGAAGUACUUGAAGAAAAAUAACGUCAGGGAUUGGCUUAGGGUGAUUGCUUCCAACAAGGACAGGAAUGUUUAUGAGUUGCGCUACUUCAACAUUGCUGAGAAUGAAGCAGAUGAAGAAGAUUAAACAUGGCCCAUUCAACGGCCCUUUAUCUCCUUCUUGAGUCAACCUUCUUAUUUAGAACCUUAUAUCAUAUGUUUGAGUUAUCAAUGAGUCUAAUAUUCUCACUUCUAGAUUAUUGAUUUUUUGUUCCCUUAUCAGUAAAAGAAAACAUUACUUUGAUAC